AUGGCGCCUCAGCGUCAAGUCAAACUCUCUAGGAAACAGAAACUCUUGAACCGUAAGGAUCGUGGUCCGGAAGCGGAACAAAAGAAGUUAUUUACACUUGCUCGCCUCCUAGAAGUCCAGAAAAGACACGAAGCGCAACCCUUCCUUCGUACCGCUCUGGGCAAGCUACCUCCCGAGCUUCGUGUCAAAAUCUAUCAGCAGCUGCUGGUGGGACCACAAUCCCGAGCAGACAACGAAUUUCGGAAGGUUCCACUUGCUACUGAGAAGGCACUUCUAGACGGAUCCUCAUCAACUGCCUCUCCACGCUUCAUUCACUUGAAAGGCUCUGGUCUCUCAAUCUUACGAACCUGUCGCCAGAUCAACCUCGAAGCUUCUCCCACCUUCUAUGGUAGCGCCUUACCCUACUUUGCAAAUGCACAAGAGCUUUCUCGCUUUCUCGUCGGCAUUGGGCCAACUGGCCGCUCGAAUCUCGAAGCUUUUCGUGUUGGAAGCCUCUUAUUACAAGAACCAUUCCAAGAGCAAGAAGUACCACAUUACCAUUAUGAUACCGGCGUGUUUUACCUUCACAGCGAAGGCUACAUCUCCUGCCGUCGCGGAAGGACGGAUCCGGAGGUCACGGGCGCUUUCAACCUAUUGACGGAGUGCAAAAAUCUUCGCAGAAUCUAUAUGGAUAUGAGUCAGGGUGAGGAAUGUAUGCAUGUUGCCAUCCUACGGACCUUUUUCAAUCGACAGCACACUUACUUGCGAUGCUUUGGGUCCCAUUGUUGGUACGUUCAACGACGAAGAAAGCUACGCCUCGACGCCGCGCGACCAGAGUUCUUUUACACUCUGCGAGCUUAUCGUGAGCUUCUUUCAUCUGGGAGACCCAUGGGACGUGAAAUAUUGGUGGAGGUUGACGUCAACGCGGAGCUGUAUCAACCACGACCUUUCCACCAGACUCUUCUAGGAAAGCUACCUCCAGAACUUCGGUUAAGAAUCUAUCACGAACUAGUGGCCACUCCACCCAUGCACGCAGGCCAAGAACUGACUGCACAAGGCAUUCGUGCUGAGCCCAAGAACGCAAAUGGGCCGGGUCCACCAACAACAACGUUCGCCCAUCUUCAAGCUUCGUGCCUUGACGUUCUGGAAACAUGUCGUCGAAUCUAUGUCGAAGCUUAUCCGUUGUUCUAUGCACAAUUGGAGAGUCUACGAAAGUUUUAUAUCUGCAUGCGCGUCGGUGAAGAGCUCGGGUAUGUAGAGUUACUAUUUCGUCUACCGCGCAUGAACCGAGGAGUUAUCGAUUUUCUAGAUGAGUCUCACUGGGUGCUGCGUUUACAAAAUCCUGAAGAAGAAUGGAAAGUUCAGUAUGCUUGUUUUAUAGGAGACGGUUGGAAAAAGGGAAAAGGAGAUGUGGAGCUCAGUUUCGACGAGAUUUAUAUCCAACGACGGAUCUUGAUGAAUGAUACUCAGGCUCCAGGGCUGGAACAAGGACAAGAGCGCUUCGUGGAGGUGGACAUUAAAGCCCCAUUGGAGAAAUGUAUGCCUUGGAAGAUGCUAGCCAUGGUGGACAAGUUCGGUGCUCUCAGCAUAGGAUCAGGGUUGUGCGAUGGGCAUGGCCGUGACGAAACGUCGGGACGGACGCUGGUGCCCUGA